CUUACGAAGGUUGCGGAGAUAGUCGAUGCAUCACGAUUGGUAUUUCCCUUACGACUUUUAGCGACACAGAGAUAAACUUUAGGGCGUAGAAGGAAGUAGGACAGUUAUAGUGUUUUAUUGUUUUAUUUGGAUAUCAUUUGGUGUUCAUAUAUAUAAUUUGGCAACGUAAUUAAGCAAGAACAUAUAAUUGUAUAUAAUUUCAUUUUUUAUGUAAAAGAUAUUGAAAGUAUAUAUUAAACUUAGAAACAGUGGUUUUUAAAUCGAAAGUAGAAACAGGUUCAAACAAAAUUUCACAAUGGCUUCUAAAAGAUUUGUGGAUUCAAACCGAGACAAUGCAGGCGACUUUAUUGGAGUAAGUGCUGUGACACAAUCAUGUGAGCCCUGUAUGAAAACCAACGUAUCAAAAACUGCUACGGUUAUCUGCAAGGAUUGUGAUGAAUACCUGUGCGAUACGUGCCAAAAUCCGCACACAGUCUAUAAACCAGGUCAGCACAUAAUUGUCAAUGUACAGGACAAUACAUCUGCGCCCGUUAUAAUCGACAUGAAAGGAAUGGACAAGUGCCAUGAGCAUGCGCGAGAAAUAGAGUUUUUCUGCCAGGAUCAUUAUAAGCUUUGCUGCGUUUCAUGUGUUCUCAUUCACCGGAAAUGUGACCAAUUGGAUGAAAUAGCCAAAGUAUCCAGACAAACACGCCCCGACCUGCAAGCAUUAAAACAAUCAUUGAUAAAAAUGCAAUCCGAGGCUGACGCUAUGAUAGCGGAUUGUAAGCAGUCGGAAACUGGCUUCAAUGAGUCCAUUGCAAAGAUUUCUGCAGAGGUGGAUACAAUGAAAGAUCGUAUCAUACAACUAUUUGAAGAAGCAAAGCAGAAAUUAAUAAGUGAGGCAAUACAGUUUAAAACUGCCAAAGUCAAACGAAUCGGGAAUAAAUGUGACGCCUCGCUCAAAGUUAAGGAAGAACUAAACAAUGUAUUGUCGAUGUGUUGUGUCGUUUUAGAACGCGGAACGCCCAGUCAACAGUAUAUUUAUUCAGAACAAAUGAAGGAGAAACGGAAAACUAUCGAAUCAACUAUAGAUGAACAAAGAAAAAUUACAUUCUCAUCAACAAUGACAGUGUCUUUUCCAAAACAGGUUACUUCACUUCUUGAGAUGGGAAGCAAUUCUAUAAAACUGAAUUAUGAUGGCAACAAGACAGUGGACACCAGUAGCUUUAGUUUGUCGUCCCCACCAAGGCCUGUCACCCUAGAGUUGCUUGUAUCUGUGGAUCUACACAAGACUGGAGAUUAUGAGAGGGAUCCUUUCCUCACUGGACUGGACUUCCUGCCGGACGGGAGACUGGUAGCCGUGGAUAACAAGAACAAGACAUGUACCAUACUGAAUGAGCGACUACAGAGACUGGGAACACCGUACAAGUUCAAGAGUAAACCACAUAGCGUAGCAUGUGUGUCUCAUGAUACACUGUGUGUAAAGGUUGGUGGUGCAUAUAAAGCAGUAUGUCUCCUGUCCGUGAGUACAGACAAUACCAUCACACUGACCAGGGAGAUCAAUACAUCAUCAAAGUUCAGAUCUAUAUGCUGCAUGUCUCCAUCUAACAUGGUCGUUAGUACGUACGAUGAUCCCCGUCCUGCUAGAAUGAUAUCAGUGGACGGGGUAGAGUCACACUUUGAUCACUCCCUGGCGUUUCCUAUGAAGACGUACAAAGUUGAUGAGAGUACAUGCACGUAUGUCCUGUCUAAGAACACGUUAGUACUGACUGACAGGUACGCUCACACAGUGUACAUGUACGACACCAUGAAUGGCACAUCUAGAGCAGUCACUAAUGAGAACAUACAGGGGCCUCGUGGUGCCUGUGUAGGGCCUGGUGACACGGUGCUCGUGUGUAGUAUGGAUAAGAACUCCAUCGUGCACCUGAGUGUUGAUGGAAACAUUAUCGGUACCUACCCAGUGGAUAUGCAGAAACCGACCAGCAUAGGUUUGUCUAAGAACGGCACUAGGUUGGCGAUUUCUAACAGUGUUAAUGGCAACAGGAAACUUCAUUUGUAUAAGAUAUCACCGGCAAUGCAUUAGGUGACUAGUAAGACGUGAUCCAUGUGAUCAUGCAAUGAUCUUCCAUCAUAUAUAUUAUAAAUGCUCGGGAAUGGUGAUGUUUCAAUCAAUACGGUAUACGUUUUGAUUGAUAAAAACUAAAUAGUGUUGUUAUUCAUUUUUAUUGCACCAGAAUUUAAAACUGCCUAUGUAUUGUGAAUUUAACAUUAUUAAACAUAAGUUUUAAAACACUUAAAAUAACGUCAUUGUUUUACAAAAUACACGGUGCUGGUGUGCAGUAUUAGGAAGCACUCCAUCGUUCACCUGAGUGUUGAUGGAAACAUUCUCGGUACCUACCCAGUGAAUAAGACGCUUCCUUACAGCAAUAUUGAUUUUCGUGAAUUGAUGUUGUUAUAUCAACUCGUCAUACUAUUAUAUUUGAAGAAAAUUGAAUAGUGUUGUUAUAAGGUUUUAUCGUUGAAGAAUUUCGAAAUAUUUCGAACAAGCUAUGUACUAUGCAUUUGUUAUUAUGUAAAAUGUGUCUUUAUACGUAACUUCAAGAAAUGUUACAUUGUAUAUUUGAAUGAUUUUAAAUGUAUUGUGUAUGUAAUGCUAUAUAUAUUUGCCUUUCAUGCAACUUAACCGGUGUGUACGGUAGUUAGGCGCGUUAAGUAUUUCUAAAUGAAUGUUGUUGUUUUUUAAAAACAUUACUAUGCAUAUAUUUUCUUAAAGGGUCCGUCCAAUAGAUUUUGGCAUGCAUUGAAGCAUGUCAUUUAAUGCUUCAUAUUGAUAAAUUUUAACAUUUAACCUAAAAAUCUCCAGUAAAAAACAAACAAGAAUACAAUUUAAAAAAGGAAAAAAAUAACCCUCAACAGGGCUCGAACCACUGACCCCUUGAGUCCUGGAGUAAAAAGUCUACCGCAUUGACCACUCUAGUACUCUACCAUCCAUGCUCAUGCAUAGAGCGGAUGUAUUUUUUACCUUAGUAUAUAAGCAAUCCUCAUAGAUUCCCAAAAUAUAACUACAACAACAGAACUUUUCAAAGUAUUCAAUCGUCUCGCGUCGCACGACACUUUAUAAUUUUCAGGUUUUCAAAUCGUCAAAAGAUGCAUAUAAUAGAUAUUUAAGAGCAUGAUAAAUGGUCAGUAUUACUAUUUCUUCAAAAUAUCAUAACAAAAACGAAAAUUUGCGAAUCUGAAACAACUUUUUAUAAUUUUGUCAACUUACCAAUCUGUUGGACGGCCCCAUUAAUACCAUGAAUGAAAUUGUGCGUUCUCUCAAAAUAAUGCUUGUUUUUGUUUAACGUACAUUGGCCACUAUAUAAUGAUAAAAAAAGUCGACUAGGACUAGAAUUCCCAGCAUGUCACCUGUGCCUGUAAAUAGUCUAAGAAGCCUUGUAUCGUUAUAAUGUAAAGGAUACUAUAAAAAGCCGUUAAUGUCCGUUGUUGUUUGUUUUCAAAUUAAUUACAAAGCGACAAUAUCAAAUACAUUCCAGACUCAUCUUAGCUGUGUUAUAAUUUUAUUUUACAAUUAAUCAAUACUUGCACUGUGUAACAAUUUAUGUAUUCGUGAAUUACUGGGGCCGAGAAAACACACGCUUUAAUUGAAAACCUUGUAAUACAUAACGCUCUGAUCAGACAUCCCCAUAGCAACGUGCUGAGAAUGAUAAAACCGAGAAUUCGAGUAAGGUAGUAAACCCAUCAUAUUCAAUGUUAAGAACAUUUGUUUACAAAUCAUAUUGUUAUAUUAUUUUCUUGAAUCAAUAAUAAAUGUAAACAAGUUUGUCUGCUGUCCGAUUACGAUCCGGGACAACUUGUUUUCAAAUCGAACGCUCUACUACGGAGGCCCUAAUAUCGUGUUUAACCCAUUUAUGCCCAGUGGACUCUCCCAUCCUUCUAAAUUUGAUCAAUUUAUUUCCAAAAUUAGGAAUGUCUAGUAUAUAUAUUUCUAUAUUUAGAAUAUUUCGUACAGAAAUUCCGUUAAGCAAACAGCGUAGACCCAGAUGAGACGACGCUGUUUGCCCAGGCCUUUUUUCUAGACGCUAGGCAUAAAUGGGUUUUAAGAACCCCUAUCUUGUUUUGAUUCUGCCUAAUUCGUAUGGUUAUAUGCAUAUACGCAUGUUUUCUUCAAUUUAAAUUGCAUGUAGUUCAUUUUUAACUUUAAUCACUUCCUACGACUUUGAUUAAAAAUGUACAUCUUUAUAUGUUAAGGAAUGUAUUCCAAUCACGAUCAGAAAAGGUACGGGCGGCUACGACUUGGUAAAUGAAUAGCAUGACCAAUGCCAUGAUGCGUAUAUUAUAUUACAUAACGGUGUACUUUUAACUCGUAUAGUUUUGUCAUUUGUCACGGCUUUUAAUUUCUGGAAAUGUUAACUUGUUUGUUUUGCCUGACGAAUUCGUGAAUACAAUUUGUAAAGAUAAAAACUAGU